AUUAUUUCCCAGCCUCCACGAAAGAGCUGCUGGCGAGCACCUGAACGCAGCAUCAGUAUUGAUCAUACCCUCCAGCAGCAGCAGCAGAAACAUCAUCCACAUCCACGCACACGACACAGAGGCUCACAAGCUCCAGAGUGUCAGAGAGAAACGCAGCAUCAUGACCAUCAGGAACACUCUGCGGGAUCAUGGGCAGAGGUAUCGACCACGGAUGGCCUGUCUCAAGAAGGCUGAGAAGGUGCUGCUGGAGAUGCAGGACCCCAAAGCAGGAGUCAAGUCACAGCCGCAGAGACUGGUUAUCACAACAAUACCCCACGCCAUUACUGGUGAAGACAUCAUCUCCUGGUUGGCAGACAGAUUCAAUAUAGACGCAGAAGAGGCGAGGAGUUUGGGCUCCAUGCUGGUGGCGUUAGGAUACAUCUACCCUCUGCAAGACCACAAACGCUUAGUGAUCAAACCUGAUGCGUCGCUCUAUCGCUUCCAGACACCGUACUUCUGGCCCACGCAGCAGUGGCCUGUGGAGGACACGGAUUACGCAAUCUACCUGGCGAAAAGAAACAUACGGAAGAAAGGAAUCCUGGAGCUGUACGAGCAGGAGCAGUACAACCGCCUGCACAAGUGGAUGAAUCACAAGUGGGAUUUCAUAGUGAUGCAGGCUAAGGAACAGUACAGGGCUGCUAAGGAGAGGAAGAAACCAGACCGUGUGGUGUUUGAAUGCCAGGAGAGAGCGUACUGGGUGGUUCAUCGACCUCCGCCGGGGACGGUCAGUGCCAUGGACUACGGACUGGACAGACGAAUAGAUCCUAAUGGAAACGAGGCGAAGACACCAGACUUCUAUGAGAGAAUCAUGAUCUUCACCCAGCAGUCCAUCAUGAGGCCCAGGGUGAAGUCAUCCGUGUCCAUCGGAGCGUUGGUGAAAUACUGCGCCACCUACAACAGCCACGACCCGUUCCUCUCCAAGUGUCUUCCCAGCAACCCCUGGAUCACCGAUGACAUCACAUACUGGACCCUGAACAUGCCCAAUGUGGAAAUCCCGAGUAAAAUGCGCGUGGAGAGGUGGACGUUCAGCUUCGGAGAGCUGCUCUCAGACCCGAGAGGACGAGACGAUUUCAGACUCUUCCUGAGGAAAGAAUUCAGCGGUGAGAACUUGGCAUUCUGGGAAGGUUGUGAGGAUCUGAAGUGGGGCGCUGCUGCGACGAUGAGAGAGAAAGCAGAACAGAUCUACAAGGCCUUCCUGGCUCGUGGUGCACCGCGGUGGAUCAACAUCGAUGGAAAGACGAUGGAAGUCACGGUCAAGGGCCUGAAACACCCGCACAGAUACGUCCUGGACCCAGCCCAGACUCACAUCUACAUGCUCAUGAAGAAGGACUCGUUCGGGCGCUACUUGAAAUCUCCGGUCUUUAAAGACACGUUGAAGAAGGCCGUCUGUCCUGAGGAGCACAAGUUCACUGACGCUCAGCUGGAGCAGAAUGCAAAGAACAGACGACCCAGUCUCAGCCCCAUCGUCCUCCGGCAGCAGGAGCAGGAGCAGAGGGCCAAGAUGGCGGCCAACGCCCCUGUUGACAUCACACAGCUUUGCCGCUACACCACUCCUGUCCCCCACCUUGCUGUCUACUCUGGUUUUAUCGACUCCCCCUCUGCCAACGCCUCACCCUCCCUCCCUUUCCUGGCCCACACCCCCGCCUGCCCGUCCCCCAUCAGCGUGGCCUUAGACAGCACCUCGGCCUCUGAGCGGCGAGUGGAGGCCAGUGAAGGAGAAAGAGGGGGGGACCCGGAGGCCCAAGCCCCCUCAGGUGGGAACGUGUCCAAGUCUCGAAUGCCUCUGUCUCUGCGCCGCCUGCUGAAGCGGGGCUGCACCCCCUCCACCGUGUUCGCCAGCUUGUCGCCUAAAUACCACUCAGCCGCCGGGGGAAGUAGCCGCAUUCAGCCAAUCAGCCCGGAUCAGCCCAGUCAGGCUCCACCCAGACGGAUUGGCAAUUUUUUCCAGAUUAAAGUGGAUAUUCCUCCGGAGUGCCGCAUCUACCCCAUCGAGUCUGAGGACGAGGAGGAGGAGAACAGGGGGGCCUCUCGGGGCGGAGUGGGAGCCAAAGAGAUCAUCUGCCCCUGGGAGAGCCUCACACCGCAGAACGGGACGGGCUAACAGGUUAAAUCAGCGUGGAACAGACGCAGUGAGUCCAUGUGAACAGGCUGGCGGCAGAUUUUCUCCGUGUUCUGACAGAGAUAAAAAGAUCUCACACAGACCAGAGGGUGAAAAUCUCAGUGUUUAUUGUCCCAGUGUAAAUGUGGUCACGUUCUCAGCACCGGGCCACAAACCACAACAUAAAUACCAAACAACAACGUAAGAACCGACACAGAACUGUCAGAGUGAGACACUUCAACUUACUGACUGUCCAAGCAUUUCAGAGUUUACACAGAAAAAGUUUAUUUCCUUGAUAAUAUUUCGAUAUAUUUGGUUGUAUUUGUGUUUUUCGUUUUCUUUUUACUUACUUAAGUUUAUGGUUAAACUGUAAAAUAUCAAACCUCAAUUACUUAAAAUUACAGUUACCACAGAAGUAUUGACAAUUUCUUGUAUAAAUAUUGGCCAAUAUAUCUGUAUCAUGAGUAUUAAACAUUCACUGCCUGUAGGUUUUAAAAGUCCCAGUUCCACGUCUGCUGUAGCAAAAUCCUCCUCCGCUGUCGAACAAUCACAAAAUCACACAAUCACACACUUUAGCAACGCAGGAUCAUUUCUAGAGUUUCAGAAAUACUGAGGUUAUGAGUCUUCCAGUACAACCACUCCUCUAUAAACAAAUGUUUGACAAGUCACCAGAGGAGGCUGUAAAAGUUUCUGAUUUACUUCAAGCGUUUUUAUCUUUUCAUUUAACCUUUCGUGACUUUUCCUGAGAUUUAUAUCUGCUUGUGACGGCCGACAGGCUGUUUCUUCACACAACCCAGAAUAUUCAGUAGUUCUGAUAAAACAAAAGAAAAAACAGACACACACAAAUUACACUUUGCAUGUAAUUUAAAAAUGCAAUGCCCCUCCUCAGGUCGUUAAUAUCCCCAAAUUACCAAGAAAUGACUGACGGCAUGAACUCAGUGGGAGCAGUAUGACUAAAGCAACAAAAUACUGUGAAUCACUUCCUCCCAUCAUCCACAGAUGAAUUAGAACAUCCCGUGAACGCUGCCAUCUUUGUGCCAAUUAGGUCAUUUGACAUUUGUGCAGCCGUCACUUUGUCCAUCUUUAUGUUCAGUCUCUUGAAUCACCUCACAAGCCUUCAGGCAGUUCAGUGUUUGAUACUCACAUGUUAAGGGAGGAGUAUUACUUAUCACCCGGAUCUCUGCAGAUGUGAGCACCAGAUGUUUAGUCUCGCCACGAGGACGACAGAGUGUUAAAAACAUCCAGGAGCCUCAGAACCUGAGCUGUAGCUUUCACAUUCAAACCUCGUCUCUAUUCACGAACAGUAGCCCCACAGCAGCCUUAUCCACCUUCACCCCCCUGAGAGCUGUUUCCUUAAAACAGGGGAAAUGUAGACGCAGACAUUUCUGAGAAUCACGACGACAAAUGAGUAAGAGUAUUAUUUUUGUGAUUGCCAAGGAGAGCGAAUACAUUGAUGUUUACAUUCUAGUUUGUGAUAAGCCGAAGCAGAUUUAUACAUAUAGACUCUGCCUGUGCACAUGCCUGCUAAGAUUAUAGACAAUGUGUUUAUAUAUUUGCUGAGUCAGUUUUAUGAAGUGCAGAAGUGUUCUUGUGCUGCUAAAUAGACUUAGAUGCCUCAUCCCUAAUUUACCUCUUUACAACUUUGUAUGUGAAACGACUGAACAGAUGCAUUUCAGGUCCAAUGAGAGCAAGUCUUCAUGAACGAGGAGCGACAGAGAGUAGUAGUUCUGUAUUUGGCUCCACUGCUGUUUUGUAGCUGUUGUUUACUGCACUACCCUGAACGAGGUGUUGAUAUUCUUCUCACG